AGCGACUACACUCUACUACUACUGAACAACAAUAACAACAACAACAACAACAACAGCCACCACCACCAACAUCUACACAACGCGCACCAACAACAACACCAUCACUACCAUCACCAUCAUCACCACCUGCCACGGACCGGUUCGCGGCUUCUGGCAACCGACGACGCUGACGACGGUGACGAUGGCACAGGACCGAUAUCCAGCGAUGGUUUGACAUCAGGGUACGGUAGCCUUCAGCACGCGAAUCGUUACUCCAGUAGCAACAACAGCAACUCGCUCAACAACAACAGCAACAUCAACCACAAAUACACACGCAACACGUAUUACGAGACGAGUCCGACGGUGGCCAUCGGGGGAGGGGGAUCAGCCUCGGGGUCCUCGGCGUCGUACAUCACCGGCACGGCAGGCAGCCGGGCUGGGACGUACAGUCCGAAGCAUCGUCGCUCGUCGUUUGUCGCUCCGGGCAGCUACCACCACCACCAUCAUCAUCAAAGCAGCACCAUUAAUGAUAUCACCUCGUCCUCCUCCUCGUCGAUCGCGCUAGAUCUGCUGAAGGAUCACCAUCAUCACCAUCAUCGGGUUGCCAGUGAUGGAGCUUCCGGUGGUGGUACCGGGGCAACCCAUGGCAUUGCGUCUUCGUCCUCUUCGAACACACUCUCCGCCUCCGAGAACAACUAUGGUGGAAGUGGUGGCAGUGGUGGAGGUGCUGGAACCAGCACCAGUACACCGGCCAGCGGCGGAUCACGGACGCUACGAUCGUACGAGACGCGCAGCAGCUCCCUACUGACACCAGCGGCUUUGCGUGAAGCGCGCUACGGUAGUCCGGUCACACGGUACGACAGCGGAACACUUACCAACAAGGCACUGCAACUAAUCAAAAGCCGACUCUAUCUUCCUCUCGUCACGAUGUUUACGCGCCCGUCGGCUACCGAUCGCGCCAACCCAAACCCAACCGGUCCCGUCCCCCAUCACGUCCCUUGUGUGAAGCGAUGCACCCAGCGACGACCGGCACCGGCAGUAUCGGACGGUUCUCUAUCGAAACUUUAUGAUGUGUCUGAAGCUUGGUAGAGCAUCGUGAGCCUGAGCCUGCUGCGUAAUUCUCCUCGUAGUAGUAGCAUCUCUAUCACUCUCCCUCUCUCUCUCUCUCUCGCUACACUCACCUGCUUCCCUUUUCUCCCUAGUGUGCGCCUACUAGAUGGGCUUUGGCUUUCCGCUUCCCCGUAGGUAAUAUGCGCGCAUGCUGUUGCAGGGGCGAGUUAUGGGUUUCGAGUGAGGAAGGUGGUGUAAAGAGCACAGAAGCUAGCCAGCCAGCCAGCCAGCCCUGUUGACCGUGUUCGCUGCCAUCGGAACCGCUUCUACUGUGGCUAACUGUUUUUUGUGUUUCCUUCCAUUUCUCUCUUCCUACUUUCCGGUGCUGACAGAAGCUACCGCAAUCGUACCUCGUCUACGUCCAGGCCAACGACGGACAGCAGUUCUUAAUGCGUGCCGACAGUUCCUGCCGAAAGGAAUCGAAAUUAGCAACGAAUUAGACUAGACGACGGGCUGCGUGGCACUUUGUCCAGUGGAACCGGAUUUAUCCGGUGUUUGUUUUUGUUCGCUGAAUUACUCGCAGUUAGAGCCAAACUACAUAGACUUAACAAGACAAAAACAUUGCAUUUAGACCACGGGCCACGGUCUGUCGGGAGAUAUAAAAACUGAAACCAUAAAGAAUCGACGGAUGAUGGUCGAACGAUAGUGUUACGAGCUGCAACUGUUUGCAGAGAAGCGGGAUGCCAAACGGUUUUGGAGAGAGAUUUUUUAAUGAUAAACCACCACCAUCUUUUAUAAGAAUCUUUUCCAUGUUACCUCCACUCCACGCUAUCAGUGUGGAUUACUCUCACCGAACUAUUUAACAGGAUAGCACAACCAUAUCUCAAUCCGGAUCAAAGCCCCAGCGGUGUGCAGGUGGACGGUGACCAUGUGAUCACCAUGCGCCUCCAUAUGCAUGGUGCAUCCAUCAUGGUGAUCCACCCCUGCAACCUGCGGUAUUUCGGAGUUAUUGCCGUGCCAUAUUUUCGGACCAUUUGCGUAUUUAUCAGCCAUAGCGGUGCUUGUAAGGUAACCAUCUUUCCGCUUCACAAUUUGGGACAACAAGAACGGUUGUUCAGAGUUUCACCAGACUCUACCGAGUACCGGACUGGUUCUGCACCUCACCACGGUAUAGGCGGUGAGUUUCGUGUCACGACAUGUUCGGUUCCGGAGGGUUGGUGGCCACUCAUCCCAUUGUGCCAUUCGUCAAUUCUGUUACUGGAAUCCGUUCACCUCAUGAUGAGUAUCAGUAUCACCGCUCAGGUGCCUUUCGUUUUCGAACUACUCUUUCUACCCUCUCCUAGGCCUUUUCUAGGUUCUAUCUGUCCAUCACACUCACUUACUCUCUUUCUCUUGUUCUUCACAUCCAAUGAUACAUAAGGAGGAAGGUUUUAUUGAAGCGUCAAACGCAUAAAAUACACUCCCACCAACAAGUAGCGGAAUUUGUCGGCUAGAAUAACAUAGCUGGGAUAAUAGUUCUGGUCUUAGAAAAACAGUGUCAUUGAUGUAUUGGAGUAGUUCAGGUCUGUACAAAUGCCAUCGAUGAGAUUGCUAGUGAAGAGGGGUACAGAAGGGAAAGAGAAUUUCGAACGGGGUUCUUGCCAAUAUGAAAAAACCCGUGUGCCAUCGCGUUGUAUAGUGGAGCUGCUGCCUCAGUCUUGCACCUGGGUAUGCUCCUGAACGGCAGCGGAGGCGGCGGAUUGCCAUCGAACGAUAUUUGAAACCAAACACCAGGUAGGACAGAAGGAAGGAUGCAAACAGUGUCCCUAAUUAUUAGAUGUUAAAGGAAAUUUUAAAAAUAAAAUCAACAUUAAAAAUAAACACAAAUGCCAAAACGUCACAGUCACAGUCGUGUAUGAACCAUUGAUAAUUGGGUAGAACGUGUUAGAAAGGCGUUUUUUUAGAUAAAAGUUUUAUUCGCCAAAGGCAACGGAGCAAUAGGAAAAUUGUUUGAGCACCGUAAAAAUGCAUAACGCGCCCGUGUGUGUGUGUGUUUGUGUACGGUUAAACGGCCUGAACCGUGGGAUUGCGGGAUCGUAUGGUUUGCGGGUAUCGUACGGAAUACUGUGAUGAGAGUGAUAGUUUGUUUAGUACGAGAGUACGUAUCCAGAGGAGACUAGCGAGCAGCUACGAGGAAUAGUAGGCCAAAUCAUGGAACCAGCUAUACACCGCCUACUUCGACAAUACGAACGGUUCGCACUGUGCGUGUAGACAAGACGUCGAUUGGACAAUCGUCCAAAAGGUUUUGGGCGUCUAUGAAACCCGGGGAAAUGCAUUUUGGCCAAACAACAUUUGUGUAGCCGGUUGGUUAGAAGAACUGGUGAGGUUGUGUAGCAAUAAUAGCAAUAGCGACAAGAGAGAGUAUGAUAGGAUAGCUUACGGAGCACAUCAACAGUGGUUCGCCCACCGGUUGCGAUCGGAAUUUGUGGUUUGAAUAUGUGGUGCCAAAGCUACCCAAUCGAAUGUCCCAUCGAAUCGCCUCCUGCCAGUAUGCGGACCCAGUUUAUAGAAGUAUGAGGAUCGCGAAGGAAUAAAUGAAUGAUGGAAGAAAUGAAUAAACCCCAGCCAUUGCGAGCAGUGCCAAGUGAUUGACCAAUUUUCAAUUGUUAGGUUCUCUAGCGGUGCUGUCGUCCAC